AUGGAAUUCGUGUUCCUAGCCUAUCCCUCCCAGUCAGAGCCGCGCGCCUUGGCCUUCCUUGGGGCCAGCCUGGUUUAUACAUGGGUCAUCACCAGGAACGUCCUCAUUAUGGUGGCCAUCCAGGCCGAAGCCCGCCUCCACACGCCCAUGUACUAUUUCCUGGGCAGCCUCUCGGGAGUAGAAAUCGGCUACACAGCUGCAGUGGUGCCCCACCUCCUGGCCAACACCCUGCGGGCAGAGAAGACCAUCACCCUGCUGGGCUGCGCCACUCAGAUGGGCUUCUUCAUCGGACUGGGCGGUGCCGACUGCCUCCUCUUGGCCUCCAUGGCUAUGAAUGUUUCCAUGGGACAUGUUCGCCAGGAGUCCUGUCCUCAACCAGUCCGGCCCCACGGAGCUUGUGUUUCGAGUCUCACCAGCGCCCCGGAACUCCAGGCCCUCGUCUUCGUCCUCUUCCUCGCUCUCUACUUGACGAUCCUCUGUGGCAACACAGCCGUCAUCUGGGUGCUGCGCGCACACGGCUCCCUGCACACCCCCAUGUACUUCUUCCUAUGCAAUCUGUCUUUCUUGGAAAUCUGCUACAGCACCGUGGCGGUACCCUUGAUGCUUUCCCACAUUUCUGGGGCCCAGAAUCCCAUCCCACUGGCUGGUUGUGGGGCCCAGAUGUUCUUCUUCGUCACCCUGGGCAGCACUGACUGCUUCCUCUUGGCGAUCAUGGCCUAUGGCCGCUCCGUGGCCAUCCGCCACCCGCUGCGUUACACGCUCAUCGUGACCCGGAAGCUCUGCGUCCGGAUGGCGGGCCUGGCCCUCCGCCUCUCCCUGCAACUUGACACCCUCAUCUUCACCCUGCCCUUCUGCGGGCGCCACUUCCUGUGUGGCGUGCCCCGGCCCUGCGGCUGGCCUGCGCGGACGCCCGCGUGCGCCAGGCUGCGCUCUGCGUCGUGGGCAGCCUCGCGCUGA